GUUUGCGGUUUGUGCCACGAGCUGGUCCGCGGCGACGGCUUUCGGUCCAGAUCCGGGGGUUUUAUUCCACGGCUUUCACUUAUGGCCGUCGCUAACCGGUCAGACGUAUCUGACCGGCCUUUCCCCUAUCCGCCACCUGGGGACGCGCCCGAUGGGUCGCUCAACCUGCACGGGAACCACAACCAGUUCUCCUACAACAAGGAACAGUUCUACUACAACAAGAAACCAAUUUACUGGUGCCCUUCUUGUGCAAGAUGCUCCGGGCCAGCUUGGCCCUGGCAUAUAUACCAAUGGAAUGGAGAAUGGCGAAAGUAGUAUUUAUUCCAAAACCACAACACCCUUCUUACUCAAAACACUAGAAAAGCUGAUCGACAGACAUAUCAGGGAAGAGGUUCUUACUAGAAGUCUUCUACACCAGAACCAAUAUGCCUACCAAAUAGGAAAACCCUGCGAAUCUGCUGCAGGUGCGCUCUAUGGGGCCAAAUAAGAACAUCUGGGUCAAAAUAAAAUAGCGAACCUUAGAUAUGACUUACGAGCCUCAUUUUUACGUUUUGUCAAACGUUGGUAGACUGAUACAGAUUAAUGAAAAAUUAUUCAGAAUACCACAAUGUAUCCGCCCACAUGUGGGUAUAAUCUUAUAAAUCCCAGCUGAGACGUCUACAAUUGACGCCAUUAAUGCUCGUAUGCACCGACAGACUUUAAUCGCGAUUAAGCCUUAAACCGGUUUAAAAAUCGUAAAUGGUAUGCACCGUCGACUGUUUUGACCUGAAACGCGUUUAACUUUAAUCCGCCAACCUCCGAGGAUUAAGUUCUUAAACUAGUUUAAAUACAUAACAUAACCUUUGAAAUUGAGGGUUUUGUUAUAGAUAAAGACGGUGUUUUGUGAAAGUAAUAAAUGAAAAUGGAAAGUUUACAAAAGUGUUAUAUUUUGAACCCGGACAUACUGUAGUUAGAUCAGCGCUGCUCAAAGUGCGCGCCGGUGCUCCGCAAAGCCUGCGGUCGGGCUCCGCCGGCAAUAAAAUUAAUACAUGGA